GUUAGCGUUCUGGCCCCCUUGAUGGUGGAGGCCACCGGAUAUGGAGGUUGCCGAGCAGUCCGUACCACACUGUACCGUCUAAAUCAAUCAACAUGUUCUCUUUUGUCUUCGUUAAGUGGCCUUUCUCCAACCCCCGCUCAGUCAAUCAUGGUCCGAUGUUGCGAGUCGUCUUACCGGUGGCGCUGAACGACGCAUGUGGCAGGCCAACAUGCCCAUAAACCACGAGCCACAUGCGCAGGAGGUGGUGAGGUACCAGCACGGGUGGGCCUUCAGUAUAAACGGACCUCUGUCCUUCUCCCAUGGUUUAUCCACAGGGUCAUGAAUCAUCUGUCGCAGCCUCCAACUGCAUUGGCGUGGCGAUACUCCCACGUUGCGCCAUCUCCUUUCCGGCUCCUGACACCCACUUAAGCAGGCCAAUUACUCCACCAACUGACACCGCCAUGCACAUUCAACCACGGAAAUCAAGAAAGAGCACAUCUGUCAGCACGCCGCCUUGGCUCGCAACCCGGUUUAUCGCCUCACGAAACCACUGUGCUUCAAACACACUGGCUAGAACGAAAAGGAGUCGAUGGGGGAGGCCGUGCGUGGCCUACCUCGGACGACCGCCCCACGAGGCGGUCUAUACCUCGCAGAUGGCUAUCGGAGCGGAUUUGGGGGUCCCACGGAUCGAGGGAAGGCUGAAGAGCAGCUCAAAGCGUGGAGUUGAAGUUCCCGCGGACAACCGGAACCGGAAAGAUAUGCGGCAGCCAAAUGGAGAUGCGUACAACAGCCAAGAGGCCACCUCGCUCAGCUCCGACCCGAUCAGCCACCACGGGCAUCACAUGGAGGACUACGACCAAAAUGGGCUACACUCCUACCCGCCCGCCCAUGUGCUGGCGCUGAACAACCCGUCCCUGGCACUCUGUGGACAUCAAGUUUCAAUCCCCACGUGCUCUCAACCGCGCCUGCUUGGGCGUGCCAAACCAAGCAGUCCACGGAAUAUAUCGACGAUCCAUUUCUGCCCAAAUGGUUUGCUCAGGGCUGUGACGGUCCGCUGUCAGCUUUGGGCGGCCCACCGGUCUCCCGCCCAGCCGCAGAGCACGCAGUGAACAGCUGACCAGCGUCUUCUGGAACUCCGUUUCUCCUCUCUGGAAGCCAGCGAACUCAAUCAUCGUCGCCUUUUUACUCCGGUCCGUCAUGGUUUGUCCGAGACACGGUGAUGCUGGCGACGCCGCAUACGAUGCGUCCCAGCCACUUUGUCACCCGCUAUUCGUCCGGUCCAUGCGCACGUCUCGCCCGGUUCGGCUACAGAUGAUACGACGACGCUCUACAUAC